ACGCUUUGAUUCGCCGCUUUGACAAUAUUUGUGAAUUAUCCGACUAUUCAAUCACAUGUAUUUUUGGCGAUACAUUUUCAUUUUUGAAUUCUUAUCUAUCGACAAUUUUUGUGAGUUCUUCAACUAUUCAAAUAAGUAUCUUUUAUUUUUUUCACAGAGUCCUAUUUUCGAAUAUAAGCCCUAAGUUGCCAUCGAGUCCAAUGUAUUCUCAUAGGCUCAUGACUUAAAAGUACAGUUUUUUAAUGGAAGUUUGACUCAAUAGCAUUAAUGGUCUUAUAUGUGGCUGAACACAAAUUUUCUUGACCUGAUCUUAGGUUAUAUUGUUUAGUUUAUCAAUUCACACAAUUGACAAAUAUAUUAUGUGAACUUCUAUAUUUUGUUGAACAUAUUCCUUCAUAUUUACGAAACACAAAUCUUACUAAAAUAAGAAUUGAACAUCUUUUCAACCUAGUUAUUAUGGAAAGAAAGUGUGCACAGUAAACACAAAGGAAGAAAAAAAAAAGAUUCAUAAGUAACACAAGGCCCUCUUGGCGAAACCAGAAACGAAAAAAAACAGACAACAACUCUAUUCCAAAAAAACAGAGCAGUCGAAACAAGAAAAAGUCCGACCAACAACAUAAACAACGACCCAAAAGAAAAGCCAACAACAAACCGAAAGACAGACCUUGCUCUGCGUCAAACUUUCGAACAUCCGUCAGACUUGCGUGCCCCCUACCGCCUACGCGACUUGCUUCGACGGGCAAAACCUGCGAAAACUGAACUAACUAGUUCGGUUCGAAUCUUGGGGAAACGUAAAAAAAAAAAAAAAAAAAAAAAAAUUUUAACUUCGACUGUUUGUGAAAUGAUAAUUACAUCCCUCAGAUAUUGCUAUUUCUUUGAAUAUUACAUUUAAAAUUUUCAUAUUUUAGAUAUUAGAAUAAAUAUUUGUAUUUUGGGAAGAGGACACCAAGAUUCCCCCCUGACUUCGUCAACAAUGACAGAGACACAGAGGUCUCCAACGAGGAUUCAAUGCAUGGCUGUCAACCAGGUCAAUGGCUAGUCAUUGUUAAAUUAGGAAAAUAGCAAGUUGGAUGGCCAAGGUUAGGUGAGUAUCAUGUCGCCUUCACAGGCAGCUUUCAUUCAGAUUAUACAAAAGAAAUUAUUAUUCGUCUUGUAUUGAGAUUAGUUGAUGUGUCAUAACGAUUAGUGAGUUUGCAUCUUGAUUUUCCAGCUACCAUCUGCACAUUCUGAGUCAACGUUCAGACACCCCUCCUGCGAUCUUGAUCACAAUACUUGGGUUUUGAAUCAUAAUCCUCUCUUGUGCUUUCUGAAAAAAACCAUCUGAUCCCAUUUUCUUGCAUCCUCUUCCUUCCUUUCUUCCUUUGCCUUUGAACCCCUUUUUCUUCACAAAGUUCUCUGCCAAAGAUGGCAUUUGCUGCUGCGGAAGCGAUCCUCAAGAAGGUGGCUCCCCUUGCUGCUGAGCAAGCAGGUCUCCUCUGGAGCUUGAAGAGCGAUUUCCUGAAACUGAAGAGCACGGUUUCCUCCAUCAAGGCGGUGCUGUUGGAUGCCGAGGAGCAAUCGGGUCUGAACCAUCAGGUUCGAGACUGGCUCGAUAAACUGAAACAGGUGCUUUAUGAUGCUGAUGACUUGCUGGAUGAUUUCUCCACGGAGGCUCUGUUGAAGCUGCGGAGGAAUGAUGGGAAUCGCUUUCUGAACGAGGUACGCCUCUUCUUUACGGGCUCCAACCAAUUGGUCAGUGGUCUUAUGAUGGCUCAUCGAUUGAAGGCCAUCAGGACCAAGCUAGAUGAGAUUGAUGAGAAUCGGAGGAAGUUCAAUCUUGUAACGCGCCUCCAAGAUCCGGCUGCUGCUGCUGCUGCGAUCAAGCGCGAGAGGCAGACUGACUCCUUUGUUCCAUAUGGAUUUGUUGGUAGGGAGGAAGAUAAGAAGAAAAUAAUUGGUAUGCUAUCAUCGACCAACAAUGAGCAGAAAAUUGAGGUUAUUCCUAUUCUCGGAAUGGGGGGUCUCGGGAAAACCGCUUUGGCUCAGUGUAUCUACAACGACGAGAUUGUGUCUACUUGUUUUCAAUUGAAAAUUUGGAUAUGUGUGUCGGAUAAUUUCGAUCAAGCACUGUUGGCAAGGAAGGUGUUGGAGUCUAUAAACCAAGAUAAAGUAGAAGAUCUAGACUUGGACAUCUUGAAGGGGAAACUUAAGAAGGAGAUGGUUAAUAAGAGGUUCUUGUUAGUGCUGGAUGAUGUUUGGAAUCAUGGUGACUACAGGGGCAAUUGGGAUAGCUUGAUGAGUUUUUGGUUGCAAGUUGGGGCAAGUGGUAGCAAAAUUAUCGUCACUACUCGUCUUGCAGAAGUCGCGAAUUACUUCGCAACGAAUGGGAUUACACCACACAAACUAAAAGGUUUAUCUGAGAAAGAAUCGUGGUUUUUAUUUAAACAAAUAGCAUUUACUGGUGAAGUGGAAGGUGGUGAAUCAUUUGUAGAGAUAGGAAAAGUGAUCAUGAGAAGGUGCGUGGGAGUUCCUUUAGCCAUAAGGGUUAUUGCAGGUGCCCUAUCGUCUAAGAGCAACAUUAUUGAUUGGGAGGUUGUAAGAAGUAAACAGGACCUAUUAGAUGAGGACGACGAGAGAAGAAUUUUGGGUACUCUUAGAUUGAGUUAUGACAACCUGCCUUCUGAAUUGAAAGUGUGUUUUGUCUAUUGCAGCUUGUUUCCGAAAGAUUCUAAAAUUGAUGUGAAAUUGUUGGUGCAAAUUUGGAUGGGGCAAGGAUUUAUCAACUCUAGUCAAUCGUCAUCUGCUUCAUUUGAGGUCGGAGUUGAAUAUUUCAAGAGUUUGCUGUCUAGGUUCUUUUUUCAAGAGCCGGAAAGUGAUGCAUGGGGGAAUGUAAAGUGGUGUAAGAUGCAUGAUUUGAUGCAUGAUGUAGCCCUGGGGAUUGCAAGUGAGGAGAUUAUGGCUUUAAAAGCUUCAGAUUCAAUGGAAGGUCGUGUAAAUUCUGAUAGGCUUCGACACAUAUCAUUUGAUUUUGAGGAAAAAUCGAGAGAAACAUGGAAAGCUCCACAAGCGUUGGCUAAUGUAACAAUACUGCGAACUUUUCUUCCUAUAAAUACACCCUAUUAUGGCAUUGGUGGCAUCGAGGAGCAGAACUGUGAGAUGAUCUUCUCAAAUAAUACUAGGCUGAGAGUUUUAAGUCUCCACGGUGCUAAACUGGAGACUGUGCCCCGCUCCAUCCAUAAGUUGACACAUCUCAGGUACCUAAAUCUUUCUCGCAAUCCUAUGAAGGUGCUCUCUAGCGAGAUUACAGUACUAGUAAAUUUACAAGUGCUCAUACUAGAUUUUUGUGAUAAUCUCGAGCAAUUGCCAAGAGAUAUUGGGAAAUUGAUUGAUCUCGAGUAUCUUAGCCUUGUUGGGUGUUUGAGUUUGAAAGGGUUGCCACUUGGGAUCGGGCGGCUCACUCGUCUGAGAGAAUUGUCCAUAUUCAUUGUGCCAGCUGCUUCAUACUAUUCACAUGGGGCAGUCGCUGCUAGAAUCAGCGAGCUGGAGCAUCUCGACAAUCUAAGUGGGAAAUUGAAGAUCAUAAAUCUGGAAUUGGUGGAAGAUGUGGCUGAAGCGAAGGCAGCAAGUUUAUUUCGGAAGCAACAUCUUCAAGCCUUGACAUUGAAGUGGAGCUUAUCGGGAAGAGUUUUUGCUGGCAUGGAUGUUGAGGUACUAAAUGCGUUGGAGCCACAUAAGAAUUUGAAGGAGCUGGAGUUGGUUGGUUAUGGCGGUCAUAGUCUACCUAGCUGGUUCUCUACUUCUCUCCAAAAUCUGGUUGACUUGACAUUGUCUAAUUUAGGUGGCUUAGAGUACAUAGAGGAUGACGCUGGGCAGUUUCUUCCCCGCUUGAAAUCUCUCCGCAUUGGCAACUGCCCCAGGCUAGUAAGCUGGAGGUCAACCACAGAGAUAGAAAUGUCGCAGUUACCUUCUCUUUCACAUCUCGAGAUUGAGAAGUGCCCGAAACUGGUACGGCUUGCUCAUAUUUCGGCGGAUAUUGAAAGGGUUGAGUUAAGAUAUGUUGACCGCAAACUGUUGGACCAGUUUGUUGGCUCACUUCCACAACCCAGCUCCCCUUCGCGGAUCAUAUCACUGACAAUUUGGGGGAUAAGAGGGCUUCAAAUUCUGCCGCAAGAAUUGCUGCCACAUCUUGCAUCCCUUGAAGAUUUUCGGAUAGGGGAUUGCCCGAAUCUUACGAAUCUGUCUCCAUCGGCUACUAGUCAACAACAACAUCUCACUUCCCUCCAGUUCUCUGACCUUCCAAACCUCCGUGAAUUUCAUAUCCGGGGACUUCCAGGGAUGAAGAGUCUACCAGAGUGGCUUCAGCAUUCCUCUAACUUGCACACGCUGUGGAUAGAAAGCUGUGACGGUCUCAAGUGCUUGCCAAAAUGGCUACCCAAGCUCACAGCGCUAGAUACUCUGUGUGUAGAUGGCUGUCAUUUUCUAUCAGCCAGAUUGAAGAGUAGAACGGCCGAGGACUGGCCCAAAGUUGCUCACAUUAGGAGAAUUACAUUUAAUGAUACCGCAGUUCAAAGGGACGGUAUCUACUUGAGAGCAGAAGAAGCAGCAGUGGAAAACCAACUUCGAGAACAAGAAGAAGAACAAGCCUUGACAUUGAAGUGGAGCUUACCGAGACGAGUUUUUGCUGGCAGGAAUGUUGGGGUACUAAAUGUUGGGACUUCCAAAUUUCCAACACUAAAGGCGUUGGAGCCACAUAAGAAUUUGAAGGAGCUAGAGUUGGAUGGUUAUGGCGGUCACAGUCUACCUAGCUGGUUCUUUACUACUCUCAAGAAUCUGGUUGACUUGACAUUGUAUAAUUUGUGUCGCUUAAAGUACAUAGAGGAUGACGCUGGGCAGUUUCUUCCUCGCUUGAAAUCCCUCCGCAUUAUGAGCUGCCCUAGGCUAGUAAGCUGGAGGUCAACCACAAAGAUACAAAUGCCGCAGUUACCUUCUCUUUCACGUCUCUACAUUGAGAGGUGCCCGAAACUGGUACGACUUCCUCAUAUUUCGGCGGAUAUUGAAAGUGUUGAGUUAAGAUAUGUUGACCGCAAACUGUUGGACCAGUUUGUUGCCUCAGUUCCACCACCCAGCUCCCCUUCGCGGAUCAAAACACUGAAAAUCGAGGGUAUAAGAGGCCUUCGAAUUUUGCCGCAAGAAUUGCUGCCACAGCUUGCAUCCCUUGAAUAUUUGCAGAUAGAGGAUUGCCCGAACCUAAUGAAUCUGUCUCCACCGGCUACCAGUCAACAACAACAUCUCACUUCCCUCCAGUUCGCUGCCCUUCCAAACCUCCGUCGCUUUUGUAUCUGGGGACUUCCAGGGAUAAAGCGUCUACCAGAGUGGCUUCAGCAUUCCUCUAACUUGCAGGAUCUGUGGAUACGUAGGUGUGACGGUCUCAAGUGCUUGCCGAAAUGGCUACCCAAGCUCACGGCGCUAGAUACUCUGAAUAUAGAUGGCUGUCAUUUUCUAUCAGCCAGAUUGAAGAGUAGAAUGGCCGAGGACUGGCCCAAAGUUGCUCACAUUCCGAAUAUUAAAUGUGAUCGCACCCAAGUUCAAGAGGAUGGUAACUACUUGAGAGUAGAAGAACAAGCAGACGAAAACCAACUUCAAGAAGAAGAAGAAGAAGAAGAAGAAGAACUAUUCAUUGAAGAAGAAGAAGAUGAUGAUCAUGCUAGCGAGGGCGAAGAAGAAGAAGAAGAAGAAGAAGAAGAAGAAGAAGAAGAAGAAGAUGAUGAUGGUCAUGCUAGCGAGGGCGAGGAAAAAGAAGACGAUGAUCAUGCUAGCGAGGGCGAGGAAGAAGCAGAAGGACUAUCCCUCGGAAUUCCGUCUCCAAGGUACAUUCUUCUUAACUACAUCGAUGAACAUAUUCUCUACAUUGAGAAGUGCCCGAAACUGGUACGACUUCCUCAUAUUUCGGCGGAUAUUGAAAGGGUUGAGUUAAGAUAUGUUGACCGCAAUCUGGUGAACGAGUUUGUUGCCUCAGUUCCACCACCCAGCUCCCAUUCGCGGAUCAAAACACUGAUAAUCGAGGGUAUAAGAGGCCUUCGAAUUUUGCCGCAAGGUUUACUGCCACGUCUUGCAUCCCUUGAAGAAUUGAUGAUAGAGGAUUGCCCGAACCUAACGAAUCUCUCUCUGCGGGCUACUAGUCAACAACAACAUCUCACUUCCCUCCAGCUCUCUGCCCUUCCAAACCUCCGUCACUUUUAUAUCUGGAAUCUUCCAGGGAUGGAGCGUCUACCAGAGUGGCUUCAGCAUUCCUCUAACUUGCAGGAUCUGUGGAUACGUAGGUGUGACGGUCUCAAGUGCUUGCCAAAAUGGCUACCCAAGCUCACAGCGCUAGAUACUCUGAUAGUAGAAGACUGUCAUUUUCUAACAGCCAGCUUGAAGAGUAGAACGGCCGAGGACUGGCCCAAAGUUGCUCACAUUCGGAAGAUUGAUAUUAAUUACACCACCGUUCAAGCGGAUGGUAACUACGUGAGAGUAGAAGAACCAGCAGACGAAAACCAACUUCAAGAACAAGAAGCAAGUGAAGAAGAAGAAGAAGAAGAUCAUGCUAGCGAGGGUGAGGAAGAAGAAGACGAUGAUCAUGAGGGCGAGCUCGAGGAAGAAGCAGAAGCAGAAGGACUACCCCUGGGCAUUCCGUCUCCAAGGAUGUGGUCAGAUUGCUUUGCGAGAUUGACUUGUAACCUGUUCCAGAGAUGCUUUCUUGGCUAGUUACCAAACGUUCUCCCUUGGGUCUUUUGACGCAUAUACACGAGACUUAUCGCAACCUCCAUGCAUAUCCGAUAAACUAGUGAUUAGUAU